CUGCCCAGACCUCUGGGUUGUUCCAUUUUAAUUUUACAAGUUGGAUUAAGGGAGCUCAGUGGAUAUAGGCAAGAAGGCCUAGCUCGGACUUCUGUAAACCUGAGCCCUGAACUUAGCAAUAGCAACCCCAGCAGUGUUGACAAUAUUAUCAUUUACAUCCUGCAAGCAAAAUUCUACUGCCAUUCCUGUGCCCCAUCUUAACCAGCAUUUUCCAAGCUUUUGCAUUUCGUCUUCUUUGUCUGCCUCUGUGUCCAGGAUCCCAGGCCUGUCUGCCUCUGUGUCCAGGAUCCCAGGCCCAUGAGCGGGACAAACCAGUCGAGGGUCUCCGAGUUCCUCCUCCUGGGACUCUCCAGGCAGCCCCAGCAGCAGCAUCUCCUCUUCGUGCUCUUCCUGAGCAUGUACCUGGCCACAGUUCUGGGGAACCUGCUCAUCAUCCUGGCCGUCAGCACAGACUCCCACCUGCACACCCCCAUGUACUUCUUCCUCAGCAACCUGUCCUUUGUGGACAUCUGCUUUUCCUCCACCACCGUCCCCAAGAUGCUGGCCAAUCACAUACUCAAGACUCAGACCAUCUCCUUCUGUGGCUGUCUCACGCAGAUGUAUUUCGUUUUCAUGUUUGUAGACAUGGACAAUUUCCUUCUGGCUGUGAUGGCCUAUGACCACUUUGUCGCUGUGUGCCACCCCUUACAUUACACAGCAAAGAUGACCCAUCAGCUCUGUGCCCUGCUGGUUGCUGGAUCAUGGAUGGUUGCCAACCUGAAUGUCCUUUUGCACACCGUGCUGAUGGUUCAACUCUCAUUCUGUGCAGACAAUGCCAUCCCUCACUUGUUCUGUGAUGUGACUCCCCUCCUAAAACUCUCCUGCUCAGACACACACCUCAAUGACGUCAUAAUCCUUAGUGAGGGUGCCCUGGUCAUGAUCACCCCAUUUCUUUGCAUCCUGGCUUCCUAUGUGCACAACAACUGCACUGUCCUGAGGGUCCCAUCCACAAAGGGAAGGUGGAAAGCCUUCUCCACCUGUGGCUGUCACCUGGCUGUGCUUCUCCUCUUCUAUGGCACCAUCAUUGCUGUGUAUUUUAACCCUUUGUCCUCCCACUCAGCUGAGAAAGACACUACAGCUACUGUGUUGUAUACAGUGGUGACUCCCAUGCUAAACCCUUUCAUCUACAGCCUGAGGAACAGCCCAUCUCAGUAACGUGCUCGUAACGUUAAAAUGGAAAACAUGAAGCAUCACUAAUCUCUCAAGAUGACCAGGCAGAGGAAAGCAAGGGCUGCACAGAAAACACGGCAGAGCCCCAUAUCUCAACAAAGGAAGUGAUACUGCAAAGGAUUUCAUGACAGAAUUUCCACACCUAUGGGCACAGGACCAGAUAACAAGCUGGGUUCAGACAUAUGAGAGGGACAAACCAGCCGAGUGUCUCCAAGUUCCUCCUCCUGGGACUCUCCAGGCAGCCCCAGCAGCAGCAUCUGCUCUUCGUGCUCUUCCUGAGCAUGUACCUGGCCGCCAUCCUGGGGAACCUGCUCAUCAUCCUGGCUGUCAGCACAGACUCCCGCCUGCACACCCCCAUGUACUUCUUCCUCAGCAAGCUGUCCUUUGUGGACGUCUGCUUCUCCUCCACCAUCAUCCCCAAGAUGCUGGCCAAUCACAUACUCGGGACUCAAACCGUCUCCUUCUCUGGCUGUCUCAUGCAGAUGUGUUUUCUCUGUGUGUUUGCUGACAUGGACAAUUACCUCCUGGCUGUGAUGGCCUAUGACCGCUUUGUCGCUGUGUGCCACCCCUUACAUUACACAGCAAAGAUGACCCAUCAGCUCUGUGCCCUGCUGGUCACUGGAUCAUGAGUGGUUACCGACUUGAAUGCUCUGCUGCACACCCUGCUGGUGGCUCGACUCUCAUUCUGUGCAGACAACACCAUCCCCCACGUCUUCUGCGAUGUGACUCCCCUCCUGAAACUCUCCUGUUCAGACACACACCUCAGUGAAGUGAUGAUUCUUACUGAGGCUGCCCUAGUCAUGAUCACCCCAUUUCUUCGCAUCCUGGCUUCCUAUAUGCACAUCACCUGCGCUGUCCUGAGGGUCCCAUCCACAAAGGGAAGAUGGAAAGCCUUCUCCACCUGUGGCUCCCACCUGGCUGUGCCUUUCCUCUUCUACGGCACCAUCAUGUCUCUGUAUUUCAGCCCUUCAUCCUCCCACUCAGCUCAGAGAGAUACAGCAGCUGCUGUGAUGUUCACAGAGGUGACUCCCAUGCUGAACCCUUUUAUGUACAGUUUGAGGAACAAGGACAUAAAAUGGGCUCUUGGCAAAGUGGUUGGCAGGAAGACAUGCUCUUACGGAUGGACGUCCUAUGGAACUAUGUGUCAUUUCCAGGCAUAGCAAUCUUUGCCAACUCAUUGAAAUGUAGCAAUCUAUCUGUCAAAGUGUCUUCAAGGAACUUAGAAUAAAUACAUCCAGUAGAUACUUAUCGAUGAACUCUGACUUAACUACAACCCUACUCUCUUAAGCAGGAUUCUGGUUGCCUUUGCUGUCAGCAACCAAACUUCUUGCUGUCAGCUCCUUCUGGGAUGGCUUCAGAGGCAGAGAGGGGACUCUCUGGAGAUCAUACCAUUCCUGGGUGGACAAUAUUCAGUGACUGAUCCAUGGCAGGUAUAAAAGCCCUGACAGUUCUGCCCAGCCCAGUACAACUCCGAUGAGCCCACUCAUCUCCAGAGAUGUUCAUGGCUGCCACUGGGUUUUACUUUCUUCACUGCCCAAUCCCUUCUGCCCCCUACCUCUCACCCAAAGGCGUUGAAGGUCAGUAAACAUCUCUACCCCAAGUUCGCCUUAGCAUGUGCUUCUGGAGAACCCAAUCUGAGACAACGUUUUGAUAACAGUAACAACAGCAUGACAACAGUGAACAAGAACAGCUAUGAUGAAGGGCAGGCGAGCUCCAAAGUGGGGCAUAGCCCACAAGGGUUCUUGGCUUUGCCCAGGAAAGAAUUCAAGGGCAAGCUAGAGGUAGAAGAAAACAGCUUUAUUGAAGAAGCAGUGCUACAGCUCCCUUACUGCUCCAGCAUGACCAACACGGUGAAACCCUGUCUCUACUAAAAAGACAAAAAAUUAGCGGGGCGUGGUGGUGCACACCUGUAAUCCCAGCUACUCAGGAGGCUGAGACAGAAUUGCUUGAACCUGGGAGGUGGAGGUUGCAGUGAGUCAAGAUCAUGCCACUGCACUCCAGCUUGAUCAACAAAAGCAAAACUCUGUCUCAGAAAAAAAAAAAAAAAAGAGAAAGAGAGAGAAAUUUGAACACAUAGAACACCAUGCAAAGACACAGAAGACACUCAGGGACAAUGCCAUGUGAAGAUGAUGGCAGAAACUGAAAUGAUGCAUCUGCAAGACAUGGAAAACCAAGGGUUGCUGACUGCCACAAGAAGCUAGAAGAGAGGCACGGAACAGCCUUCGGAAGAAACAAAUGCUGCCAACCUCUUGAUUUUGGAUUUCAAGACUCCAGAACAAUGAGACAAUACAUUUCUGUUGUUUUUU